CCCAUCACAACCGCUGUACUUCCAACCAGCUAAUACUGAGGACAAGGAAAGGACCAUAAUGGCGGCAGCAUCUUCCCCGCUGGACCCAGAUCUAAUGAGGGAGGUUCUUGAAUGCCCAAUCUGCCUGGAGACCUACAACCAGGAACAAAUGAGACCCAAACUCCUGCAGUGUGGUCACACGGUGUGCCGGCAGUGUCUAGAGAAGCUGUUGGCUAAUACUAUCAAUGGUGUGCGCUGCCCCUUCUGUAGCAAGGUCUCCCGUAUGAGUAGUAUCUCCCAGCUGGCCGAUAAUCUCACUGUGCUCAAGAUCCUAGAUUGUACUACAUCCUGCAGUGCUGCUGCUGCUGGCCUAAUGUGCAAAUCCUGCUGCAGCCGCCUACCUCGACAGUACUGCCAUGAUUGCGCCACAGUCCUCUGUGAGCUAUGCAAAGGAGAGGGCCACCUGCAUCAAGGCCAUUCAGUCCAGCCGAUUAGGGUGGCUGCUGAACAGCGUCGUAAAGAACUGGGUGGCAAGCUGACUGCUCUGCGUGAUGUUAUGGGUGAAAUUCAGAAGAAAAAGACAGCUAUUGAAAACAUUAACAAGUCCUUGAGACUAAAAUACCAGGCAGUGCAGCAGGACUAUGCUAAAGCUGAGCUACGUCUUCAAGAGGAGCUCAAGCGAUCCCGAAGGACAUUCACAGCUUCCAUGGCAGAAGUGGAAAAGCUAAACGGGCAGGUCCUCGAGGAGCAGACAUAUCUCCUCAGUAUUGCAGAGGUAAAAGUGGUGUCACGCUGUGAUUAUCUGACAAUGCUGGUGAGGCAGAGCGAUAUCGCUUUGCUAAAGGAUGAUGGCGGAGGUUGUGAUGAUGAUGAUGAAGAGCUGGAUCUAAGGAGCAGCUUGCCAACCAUGUUUCAGCUGCAAGAGCCAGAGCUGGUCAGAACAGAGCACUCUAAACCUGUAGAAGUUGGCCAAGUGACCACAAAUACUUAUACUGUCAGUACAGACGAUGAGGAGUUGGAGAUUGCACUUGAGGGUGAUGUAGAGAGUGUAGCUGGGGCAGUAGGGGCUACGGGUGGUGCAGCGGGGGCCCCGGUGGAUAUUUACAGAGACAUUGACAUGGUUGCAGCUGUAGAGGAGGCUGUAUGUGGUUCACCUGGCAGCUUUAAGUCAAAGUCCAUGGAUGCAGGUGGGGGAUCACCUGGAGGAGCUGCUGCAAGUGCAGGGCCCCCGGCUUGCCAGUUUGUAAAGAAGAUGGGCUGCAAGGGAAGUCUACCUGGCAUGUUCAAUUUACCAGUCAGCAUCUGUGUAACAUCACACGGCGAGGUCCUGGUGGCUGACCGUGGCAACUACCGCAUCCAGAUCUUCAAUCGCAAAGGUUUCCAGCGUGAAAUCCGCCGCAAUGCCAGCAGCAUCGACAACUUUGUCCUGAGCUUCCUUGGGGCUGACCUGCCUAACCUUAUCCCCUUAUCCAUCGCCGUCACCUCUCAAGGCCUGAUAGGAGUCACUGACAACUACGAUAACUCAGUUAAAGUCUACACUAUGGAUGGACAGUGUGUGGCCUGCCAUAAGAACCAACUGAUUAAACCCUGGGGUAUUACUGCCAUGCCAUCAGGUCAGUUUGUGGUGUCAGAUGUGGAAGGUGGCAAGCUGUGGUGUCUAGCAGUGGACCGCAAUGUAGGUGUGGUCAGCUACAACCGACUGUGCUCUGCUGUGCGGCCAAAGUUUGUGACUUGUGAUGCAGCUGGAACAGUCUAUUUCACCCAGGGCCUGGCCCUGAACUUUGAGAAACGCCACAAUGAACCCCACCUGGAAGGUGGCUUCUCUAUUGGCUCAGUGGAUAGCGAUGGCCAGCUAGGCAAGCAGCUCAGCCACUUCUUCUCAGAGACAGAGGACUUCCGCUGUAUCACUGGCAUGUGUGUGGAUGCCAAUGGGGAUUUGCUGGUAACGGACAGUGGCAGGAAAGAAAUCCUCCAGUUCCCCAAAGAGGGUGGAUUCAAAAUUCUCAUCCAGGAAGGGCUGACCUGCCCUGUAGGAGUGGCCACCACCCAGAAAGGACAGCUACUGGUGCUGGAUUGCUGGGACCACUGUGUCAAAGUCUACACUUACAUCCAGAGGAGGCACUCCUCCACGUCCUAGAGGAACAAUCCAGUCCACCUAAGAGGUUUAGUAGUUGUGUGUUGGUAGGUGUUUGUGGAAGUUUGAUGAAGGCAGAAACACGCUGUUAUCUGUCACUGUAGUUUGGCUGCAGUCCAAACAAUUCUCACUCCAGCUUUCAUUGGGUUAUUACAGUUUUUCCCAAUUGUAUACACACAAUAAAAUGGAACUAUGCACACAAUUCUGAAAACCUGAAGCUCAUGUAUCAACAAGACUCCAGACUGCUAAACUCUAAGCACAAUCUCAUUGUUUUCAUUCAAAUUUUUAAUUUUAAAUUAGAUAUUUGCAAAAGUCUAAGCACAAAUCGCAUCAUUUAGCACACUUUGUGCGCCUGGAAAACACUGCGAGUUACUUAACAGCUGGUCUCGCUCACAUCUCACCUAUUCACCUCAAUUUGCAAAACGCUUCGAUCGUGUCAGAGCAUACAACCCCAGUUCCAAAAAGGAUGGGAUGCUGUGUAACACAUGAAUGAAACAGAGGGGGAUCAUUUUGUCAGGAAGAGUUUUGACAUAUUCAGUUAUUAUAAUAGAGCAAAGACAAUAUAUUUAAUGAUUUUCGUCAUCAACUUCAUUGAUUUUUCUUGCUUAUUCUGAAUUUAAUGCAGCAACAUGUUUCAAACAAGUUGGGACAGGAGCAACAAAAGACUGGGAUUCAAAAACACCUGUUUGGAAUAUUCCACAGGUAAAAAGGGUUGAUUUGUAACAAAGGAGCAUCCUGGAAAGGCUCAGUCGUUCACAAGCGAGGAUGGCGAGAGGUUCACCACUUUGUGAUCACAUGAUUGUAUAACGGAUAUUACUGCAGGAACAAACAGGAACACUUUGUAAAACUGUUGUCCCUAAACACAGUUUGUUUGCAAAUGAUUGCAUUCUGGUUUUAAUCUACGUUUUGAGCAGAGUCCCAGCUAUUUUGGAAUCGGGGUUGUAAAAGAGGCCUCAGGUGACCUCUAGUGUGCUGAGGAAAAAAAAGUAGCAGCAUGGAGAACAGAGGAAGAGUGAGAGCUAGAGGAGGAGGAGGAACAUGAGCCAAAUGAUCGAAGCUGGGCACUGAGUCCAGUAGAAUUUGGACUGCUUCACAGUAGCCUCAGUUAUCCAGGCAUUAAGAGAUGUGAAUAGGUACACAAGUAACCACUUCAUUAGUCUUCUAUGCUCUCAUCAGUAAUUGCAGUAAUGUAACUUGAUGGUUUCUAAAUGUAUAAUGUUGCUCUGUCCUGCAUUAAUGAAAUCUGUGCAGCCCACACAGCAGACAGAUGAUCUGCAAGAGGUGGUGACAUACUUCUUUGAUUCAAAGCUUGUGCUUGUACAGGACACAAUCUAUGCUAUUUUGAUGAUAGUGUUUGAAAUUAUUCGCACCAGAGUUUAAUUGCUGCUCUGUAAGAGAUAUUCGUAUGAUAGCAGUGCGCGUAUCGCUUUUAGAAGAGAGACUAUUGUUUUGAGUGCGGUGUAUCAUUUUGCUGGAGAUUUGUGGAGUUUUUGACAAAAUGGAUAACUCUUUUCAGUUGUGUGUUUAGAGUUUUGAGAAACUGAGCUGUGGUUUCAGGGAGCGUGUUUAAACAAUUGGGAAAAAAACUGUAAAUGAGCAUUUUAGUCAGUUUGGUUCGGUUUUAAGCACACUGGAUUUUAUUUUAAUACCUCAAAUUAAAAAUCGGCUACUUAAGCUGCCUCUCACCCCAUUAUCGUAACGGAUCACAGCAUUAAAACAGACAUGGCAACACUUUCCCGUCUGAGAAUACUGGCACAAGGUGUCACAUUAAAAUAAGUGAAAGAAGCCAUUGAUGUAAAAGCUAAUGCAGGCACAAAGUGCAGAUGAUUUUCCUUCCUCUAUUAUUGACUGCUUUAUCCACCCUUCACCCUGACUGUGUGUUGCAUGGCUUUCACUGAUUUGGCUCAGCUCUGCGGAAUUAAAAUGGGAGGAAGCAGAGCCGAAAACAAACAUGUAUUUACAUAUGAAAUAAAGCAUACCAAGGCUUUUGGCCUGUGAAGCACUUUAUUAUUGACACGCCACUGUUUCCUCGUGUUAGGUUUUAGUAGCACAGACUAACAGCGAUGUUGCUGAAUGCAGCUGGCAGCUUUAAAGUUUACUGUGCAGUUGGCUCAUGGCAACUAACCAGGAAUCAGCAUUCAUGGAAUUGCAUUCAGUAACAUUCAGGGAACAUUAAGUGUAGAAUAUGAAAUUACCUACAGGAAAGAGAGCAGCGGUGAUAUGUCAUUUGCUCGAGUCUUGUGGGUUUACAUCUUUUGUGUAGGCCUAUAAUAGUAAAAAAAAAAAAAAAAAAAAGUAGACACCCUCAUGUGUUAAAUGUAUUUUUGUCAACACUUCUUUGAGGGUAAAAGAGUUAAUGCAAUCAGAAUUAGGUUAAAUUAGGUUUAAUUUAUUCAGGUUCACUAUUAUUAUUAUUAGGAUUUUUUCCAGUACUUAUUAAUACUGCCUGCCUAACUAGCCUGUGUACAUCAAACACAACCUGAGUAUCCUGUUGUGACAUCUUGCAGCAGUGUCAGCUUAAAGGGCAUCUACUGUCUGAUAUACAGACCCGCUUCUCUCUGUAUGUCCUUUCAUUCAGCCUCCUCCUUGUGACUUCCCAGCCACAGCCUCACUUGUGUCACUAGGGGGCAGGUUGAGGUAGCCGUCGGCAAGAUUAAAAUUCACCUGCUCCAGAUCCUUUUUCCAGAUGCUCUGCUUGGUCAUACUGUACAUCUCACUACAAGUUCAAGCUUCCACAUCGCCUUCUGCUUGCUGCAGCAUUAGCGUUAGCUUUGAGCAGUUUUACUGAUGAUCACACUGUAGCUCCUAAUUUUAGUCUAAGAUCUCAGACAGAAGUGGGUCCAUUACGAACAGAGAAGCAAAGUUCGAAGGUCCCACAUGACCUUUGCAACUUGGAAUUAAAUUUCAAGGCUGUCUUCUUUCUAUUCCCACAUCAUACAGUCAUCUUUAAAUUACGUUUGGUUGCUAUGCCAGCACAGCCAGUACUAAAUAGCUCCGGCACCUAGACCACAUUAAGCAUAAGGCUUCAGCAGACAUCUACACCUUGAAUAAUGUUUACAAACUUGACGUUUAUUCCAGAGAACUUGUUCCAUGCCUUUAUUUCCUCACGCCUGGCUUGUGGCGGCACAGUAUUUGUAGGGAUCAGUGGCAGGAGUGUUCAGACUAACGCCGCUAGGAUAACGAUGAGUGAAAACUCCAGCAUCACGCACCAAGCCUGGCUUUGUUACACUGGGAUCUCGCCUCCUUGUUGCUUUGUCUCCCUCAGGUUUUUAUUCAGCACUGGACAACUUGCAGCCUGAGUUCUCGAGUGUUGGUAGAUAUGGUAAAGACAACAGCCAUAUACAGUGUUUUGCUAGUUGGUGCUAGUGUUAGUCAACUUUAAAUAAAUCUAUAAUCGCAUGUAUUGUUUUAUCAUGUAAAUCUGUUGAAUUUUUGAGUCCAUACGAAGCAUUAGAAAGAUGAUGCCUUCAGGUAAAAUAACAAUAAAAGACACCUUUAAUCAAAAUAUUUAGUGGCCUAAACAUGGGGGAUCAAGUUAAUCAUUGAAAACCACCCAUCAAUAUUGUAUGUAACAUAUUCUGUGUCUAUAAAGUCGAAAAUAGCAAAUAUGCCUGCUCUGAGGCCAUAUGUAUCUUCCAGUCCAGGUUUGCUCAUGAGAGCAUAUCACGUACUGACUCAGUUUGAGCCUUAAAAGAAACAAUUUCACAAAGCUGACCUUAACUCUGCACCUGGAGCCCUAUUAAACAGCAACAUACAAAAUAUAUGUGUCUGAGAAUCGAGCUGUAUCAUAAACAGUGUGUGUUUUUAAUAUUUCUACAUAAGCAAAGCGAUAAGAAAAAAAAAUAGUACUGAAUUUUAAGUAUCAGGUGAAGUCUGUCAGUCAUAUCUUUGUGCUUUUUUUUUCAUUUUACAUGAUGUAUUUGUUUUACUGGUAGGCCACGUUAUAUCUAAACUCAUAGAUUUUAAUUCAAGCUGCAUGUCGACCUUACCAUCGAAACUUUUCUUCUCUCAGUGCUUACACUUUAGUCAAGUGGUCACUAGAAGUAGUCAUUACCACAAACUUAAAUUAAAACUUAAACAGUGACAGAAAAAUGCAUAAAAUGCUACAAAGAUCAAGUGUCCUUGUGUCAGUGUGCUGAGCAUCAGAGUGUCUCACAUCACCUGAAUAUGUUUAAUUACGUGUCAGUGGAAAGAAGUUAUGUCCUUGCGUACUUCUUCAGAGCUGAUCCAUUUGCACCGUUGGAUCGUAAUACCGCAGGAUGUCCAUGAACCAAACCCCCAUGUGUUUAAAGCGUUUCGUUCUUUACAGGCUGUGAAUUUUACAAUGUGUUGAACACAUUUCAGACAUCUCUGUGUAGUCAAAUUCAUGUUUGUAUUGUUGAUUAUCCGAGUGCAAUAAA